AGGAGGAAUGCAUUCACUUGAUUAAAUCGUUAACACUGCUAUGCUGGGUGAGAGUGUCAUGUUCUGGAGAGUAUGGAAGAACAAAAGUCAACCCUUGAACUGCCACUGAUUUCUCAAGACAUUAAUGGAUGUGAAUCGAAAGCGGGAUUCAGCAAAGAUGAGAUCCUUGCUGAGGUGAAGAAGCAGCUCCUGUUAGCAGGCCCGCUUGUGUCAGUCAAUUUCUUAAUAUUUGCUUUGCAAAUAAUCUCAGUGAUGUUUGUGGGUCACCUUGGAGAGCUGGCACUUUCCGGUGCUUCCAUGGCCACUUCCUUUGCUUCAGUCACUGGUUUCAGCUUGUUGAGAGGGAUGGGAAGUGCAUUGGACACAUUCUGUGGGCAAUCUUAUGGUGCAAAGCAGUAUUACAUGCUUGGCAUUCAUUUGCAAAGAGCAAUUAUUGUUUUGUUGUUGGUUAGCCUCCCUCUAGCAUUCAUAUGGGCGAAUGCUGGGACAGUUCUUUUGUACUUCCAACAAGAUCCUGAAAUAGCUGCUGAGGCUGGACUUUAUGCUCGUUUCAUGAUACCAAGCAUCUUUGCAUUUGGUGUCCAGGAAUGUCAUGUCAGAUUCUUACAAACGCAGAACAAUGUGGUUCCUAUGAUGGUUAUUGCAGGAAUCACAACACUGCUUCACAUCUUUACUUGUUGGUUUCUGGUGUUUAGAUCUGGCCUUGGGAACAAAGGUGCUGCUUUGGCAAAUGCCUGUUCUCUUUGGAUAAAUGCUUUGCUUUUGAUUUUGUAUGUAAGAAUCUCUCCCUCAUGCAAGAAGACUUGGACUGGCUAUUCCAAGGAAGCAUUCCAUGGUAUCCCUAAGUUCGUGAAACUUGCAAUUCCUUCAGCAAUCAUGCUCAGCUUAGAGAUCUGGUCAUUUGAAAUGAUGGUUCUGCUAGGUGGCUUUCUUCCCAAUCCAAAGCGUGAAACAUCUGUCCUCUCAAUAACCCUAAAUACAUGUUCAAUGGUCUACAUGUUACCCCUAGGACUGAGUGGUGCAGUAAGCACAAGAGCAUCAAACGAAUUGGGAGCAGGACGACCACGAGUUGCCCGCCUUGCAGUCUGUGUUGCUGUUCUUAUGGUAGCUACAGAAGGUGUUGUGGCAGGCACUGCCAUGGUCUUGGGUCGGAAAGUUUGGGGCUAUUUCUACAGCAAUGAUAAAAAUGUAGUUAAGUAUGUGGGUGAAAUGCUAGUGUUGGUUACGGCUUCCCAUUUUUUUGAUGGAAUUCAGUCUGUGCUUUCAGGAACUGCAAGGGGAUGUGGAUGGCAGAAGGUUGGGGCCUUGGUUAACCUUGGAGCAUACUAUCUUGUGGGCAUUCCUUCUUCUAUUUUAUUAGCAUUCAUAUACCAUCUUGGGGGAAAGGGACUCUGGACAGGAAUCAUACUGGCACUGUUUGUGCAAGCAUUGGCUUUAUCAAUAGUAGCUUUGCGCACCAACUGGGAGAAAGAGGCAAAGAAAGCCGUUGAGAGAGUACAUAGUUCAAUGAAUGCUGAGCAUUCAUUGUCAUGAAAAUUGGAUCUGGAUUAUCUGAAUACGGGACAAGCAGUUUGUUAUCAGUGCGAAGGAGAUUAUCUAUAGAAGCAGACUAUAAAGCGAGAUGAUACUUUGCUCAUUUAUACUGGGAGUUCAAGUUGCUGCCAAUCUAGUGGCAGCUGUGACGCCAGCUAUAACGGUGCUCGCACCUGCGCUUUUGCCAGUAGUGGCACCGGUGGUGUGUGUCAGCAUGGUUUCUGGGGCAAUAGCUCCGGUGGUUGCGAGGUUUGCUAAGAAAUAGGUCUGUAGGAACAGUGUUCUCUGAUGUUUGCAUUACUUUGUCCAUGCUGAACUUUUCCAUUAAAUAAAAAACUCUGGCAUUG